UGAUUCAAUAAUUAAUGUAUAAUUAAAAAAAAAAAAAAGCAGAAUUCUAACUUAGCUAGGAGUAUCUGCAAUUGCAAAGGGUGUUCAUGCUAGUCAAGGUAUAUUUCAUAUUGGCUUUAGCCUUUAGCGUAUGGCCGUCUAUACAUGGGGAUUUGCCCACCAGAUACUGUAUCCUUCAAAAUUUCAGCAAAAUAGAAAGCUACAAUUGGAAUAUGAAUCUCAAUGUUGAUCUUUGGCUACCGAAUAUUGUACCGUCAGGACCCGUUAUCUAAUUAUGAUGUGGUGCAAUCUUGGUCAUUGGCCGGCGCUUACCUAACCUUUGUCCGAUGCUUUUCAGCCACACAUUAAUAAUCAAUAUAGUAUUAGAUAUUUCAUUCACGUCAAACCAGAAUUCCAUAAACGUUGGAACCUGGAAACCGUGUCAUCUCUGGCCCUAGAUGCAAGAACUGCUACUCGAGGAAGGUUCGUUCUUUCAUCUGUGAGAUAGAAUGAAGGAGGAGGUCUCAUCAGGAAGUUCUUUUUCACUGUUGGAAUGGGUUUCCAAGUUUCAGACUGUGGCUUGGGAAGCAUACCAAAGCAAGCCAAUUUCACAUUGGAUUCUUCUAUUUCUAAGCAGUUUGGGUAUGCUUGUGGCAUUUCCUGCUUCAAGCCUUCUAUCUCGAGUCUAUUAUGCUAAUGGGGGAACAAGCAAGUGGAUCAUUUCAUGGGUAGCAGUUGCUGGAUGGCCUAUACCUGCUUUGAUCUUAUUUCCUACCUACCUCUUCUUCAAAACUUCCCCUACUCCUCUCAACUUAUAUAUUUUCCUUUCUUACGUUUUUCUGGGGUUUUUAAGUGCUGCUGAUAAUCUCAUGUAUGCAUAUGCCUAUGCCUAUCUCCCGGCAUCAACUGCAUCUCUUUUGGCAUCAUCAUCCCUAGUGUUUUCUGCACUGUUUGGUUUCUUGAUUGUGAAGAACAAACUGAAUGCUUCAAUGAUAAAUGCUAUUGUGAUAAUAACUGCUGCUAUGACCUUAAUUGCAUUGGAUUCAGAUUCAGACAAAUACGAUAGUGUCACUAACAGCCAAUACAUUUGGGGUUUUGUAUGGGAUAUCUUGGCCUCAGCACUCCAUGGCCUUAUCUUUGCUCUCACAGAGUUGGUUUUUGUGACGUUCUUAGGUAGAAGGUCCUUCCAUGUUGUUUUGGAGCAACAGGUCAUGGUUUCAUUCUUUGCCUUUGUGUUUACCUCUAUUGGGGUCAUAGUGAACAAGGAUUUUCAAGGAAUGGUAUCUGAGUCUAAAACUUUCAAGGGUGGGGAAACUGCGUAUAAUCUGGUUCUUAUUUGGGGUGCAAUCACUUUUCAGUUGGGUGUGCUAGGAGGCACUGCUGUGCUUUUCUUGGCUUCCACUGUGAUGGCUGGUGUUCUUAAUUCAGUAAGGGUACCACUCACAAGUAUUGCUGCUGUCAUACUAUUACAUGACCCGAUGAGCGGCUUCAAGAUCCUCUCUCUGUUCAUAACCUUCUGGGGAUUUGCUUCCUACAUCUACGGCACUGUUGAUGGGAGCAAGUUAUCCUAAUCAUAAGUUUCUGUUUUUU